AUGUCCCUUCUCAAUUCGCUCUUUCCAGGCGUCGCCGUCGUGACGGGCGCUGGCGGAACCGAUCCACUCACGCAGGAAUCGAGUGUAGGCAUCGGCGCCGCGGUCGCCAGGGCCUUUGCGGCCGCAGGGUGUGAGAAAAUCGCCAUCACAGACGUGAAUCCAUCGACUCUGGAGCAGACUCGGCAAUCAGUGGCCGCAGACCACCCCAAGGUGCAGCUGUUCUCUCAUGCCGGCAGUGUCGCCGAGGAUCGAUUUGCGCAGUCAUUUAUCGAUCAAGUAGUGAAGAAGUUUGGCCGUGUCGACUACGCUGUCAACUGUGCUGGUGUCCUGGGUCUUCCCAUGCGAUCGGCAGAAACCAGCCUCGAGGAAUUCGACCGCGUCAAUAACAUCAAUUAUCGCGGGUGUUGGUUGUCGUCGCGGGCUCAGCUUAAGCAGAUGGUUUCACAGAAACCGCUUCCUAGCCACGAUCCCAACCGUCCUCCUCAGCGAGGCGCGGUGGUAAACAUCGCCAGUCAACUAGGGAUUGUCAGCCGACCGAAUGCUCCGGCAUAUUGUGCAUCUAAAUCAGCUAUCAUCGGGUUGUCUCGUGCAGAUGCGAUAGAUUACUCGGCGGAUGGGAUCCGAGUCAACUGUGUCUGCCCGGGUGUCAUCGAGACGCCUUUAGUCAUGGAAAAGAAGGAAGUACGUGAAGCCAUCACUCCUGCUGUAGAGAUCGCACCAAUGAAACGGAUGGGAAAACCGGAGGAAGUGGCAGAUGCAGUGCUGUUUCUCUGUUCGACGCAGGCGUCGUUCGUUCAAGGCCAUGCCAUGGUGGUGGAUGGCGGAUAUAUAACCGUGUAG